AUGGCAAAGUUGAUAGUGUAUCUUGCUUUCAUUAUAUAUUGUGGCAGAGCUGCUAAUCAGCAACAAAACGCGCAAGGAAUGAGAAUAGGAAUAGUCGCUGAUGUUAUCACAGAUUAUAAAGCUGAAAAGUUGUGUGAUGAUGAGUUACUAAUGGCGACAAAACAAGUAGAGGAAUCAAUAAUGACGAAUUGUGACACAAUGAAAGAUGGAAGAUUAUUUAUUUUGGAAGAAAAACCGCUGCUAUUGAUGACAAACACUGUUAAUCUGAUAAAUUGA